AUGUUUCCUCAAGAAUCCGAAGCUCGUAAUCUUUUUGCUCUGUAUAUGGUUGGUGCAAAUCCGUUUAUUCCGCUCUUCGAUCCCAUAGCGGAUACUUUCGAUUCUUUACGCCGGAGGUCUGCAUUCUGUUUAGUCACGAUUCUCUACAUCGCUCUCUGUCAGACAGAAUCGGAUACUGUGGCUGGGCGAAACGAGGAAAGUGAAAAUAAAAAGAAAGCCGCUGGCCAAAUCUCCCGGCUCUUGGCCACGGAAAGCCUUUUCGAAAUUCCUGCAAGAAUCGAGAGUGUCCAAGCUAUGAUAUUGCUGGCUGCAUUCUCUGAAAAGGUUUGGUUUGCAAUUGGACACGCCCUACAAAUGGCCUUGGAUUUGGGUCUAGACGAAUCAUUUGACCGAAUCACGAAGGAAAAAUCGUCUUCUCCGGCAGAGACAUAUACACUCCUUCAAAGGACACGGACAUGGCUUAUUCUGUAUCACAUCGAACGCGAAUUCGCGUUUGGCACGUCAAAAAAGCCUCGAAUAGCGAACAUUAGCAUCUCUGCCUUGCGCAAGUUGUACAACAUGGAUAUCACGACAUCUUCGGAUAUUCGAUACAUAUCCAUAAUCGAGCUUGUACAGCUUCGUGGUAUGUAA